AUGCCGGUCACCGGGAAGACUUUCCGCCGGCGCCGCGCCGACUCGGAGUCGGAGGAAGAUGAGCAGGACUCAGAGGAGGUUCGAUUAAAACUGGAAGAGACCCGAGAGGUGCAGAACUUGAGGAAGAGGCCCAACGGGGUGAGUGCUGUUGCCCUGCUGGUGGGAGAGAAGGUACAAGAAGAGACCACUCUAGUGGAUGAUCCCUUUCAGAUGAAGACAGGCGGGAUGGUGGACAUGAAGAAACUAAAGGAAAGGGGCAAAGAUAAGAUCAGCGAAGAGGAAGACCUCCAUCUGGGGACAUCAUUUUCCGCAGAAACCAACCGAAGGGACGAGGAUGCCGACAUGAUGAAGUACAUUGAGACAGAGCUGAAGAAGCGGAAAGGGAUCGUGGAACAUGAGGAACAGAAAGUCAAGCCAAAGAAUGCAGAGGAUUGCCUUUAUGAGCUGCCGGAAAACAUCCGGGUUUCCUCGGCAAAGAAGACGGAGGAGAUGCUGUCCAACCAGAUGCUAAGCGGCAUCCCUGAGGUGGACCUCGGCAUCGAUGCGAAAAUAAAAAACAUCAUUUCCACGGAGGACGCGAAGGCCCGUCUGCUGGCUGAGCAGCAGAACAAGAAGAAAGACAGUGAGACCUCGUUCGUGCCCACCAACAUGGCGGUGAACUACGUGCAGCACAACCGCUUUUACCACGAGGAGCUCAACGCUCCCAUACGGAGAAACAAAGAGGAGCCCAAAGCCCGACCCUUGCGAGUGGGGGACACAGAGAAGCCGGAGCCUGAGCGGUCCCCUCCCAACCGCAAGCGUCCUGCUAAUGAGAAGGCCACGGAUGAUUAUCAUUACGAGAAGUUCAAGAAGAUGAACAGGCGGUACUGA